UUAGCUGCACAGCGGAGACACAAAGGCGCACCUUGGUGGCGCGGCUUGUGGUUCGCGGCCAUGGCUUUGGAUGCCGAGGCUCUGCGGGCGGCAGAGGCCGCCGUUCCUGGCCUCGAUGGCGCCGGCACCGCAGUUCAGUGGUCGUCUGGGGAAGGCGGCGGCGCUUCGGCGGCGAUGAUGGUCCCCGCUGGUGUGCCGGUGGUGCUCUGGAGCGACGACGACAGGAAGAUGAAGCGGGAGCUGGUCGCGUGGGCCAAGGCCGUGGCGUCCAUGGUCGUCAGGGACUCCAUGCAUUGCUGAAGGAGCCUUGUUUGCUGUCAGGCAUGAUCCAUGGGGCUGGUUCGGCGCGCGGUCUCCAUGACUCUCAGUUCACCCAUUCCCGGCUCGAUCCGCCAUUGGUGGCACACCUUGUUUCUUCUUUUUUUCACGAGCCAUUUCUUCUUGGUGGAGUUGAUCAACUAAUUAAUAGCCACGACGAAGAUUGCCCGUGUUAUGAUCUAUUGAUCAUAUGGAUUGUACACAUACUUCAGAAAGAAUCAAAUAAUAGACUAUAUUUUCGCAGAGUUUCACUAGAGGCGAGGUUA